CUGGACAUUGAAGUCAAACAGAACUUUAUUGAUCCCCUGCAGAACCUCUGUGACAAAGACCUGAAGGAGAUCCAGCACCACCUGAAGAAGCUGGAAGGGCGGCGCCUGGACUUCGACUACAAGAAGAAGCGCCAGGGGAAGAUCCCGGACGAGGAGCUCCGACAGGCCAUGGAGAAGUUCGAGGAGUCCAAGGAGGUGGCAGAGACCAGCAUGCACAACCUGCUGGAGACUGAUAUCGAGCAGGUGAGCCAGCUCUCGGCGCUGGUGGACGCCCAGCUGGACUAUCACCGCCAGGCCGUGCAGAUCCUGGACGAGCUGGCCGAGAAACUCAAGCGCAGGAUGAGGGAGGCCUCCUCCCGCCCCAAGCGGGAAUACAAGCCCAAGCCCAGGGAGAGCUACGACUUCGGAGAGAGCGACCAGUCCAACGGGGGCUUCUCCUGCAACCCCACCCCCAAAGUCUCAGCUUCCUCCUCUUUCCGGUCGGACAAACCUUCCCGGGCCUCCGUCAGGAGUAUCCCCCCCCUGGACCAGCCCUGCUGCAAAGCCCUGUACGACUUUGAGCCGGAGAACGACGGCGAGCUGGGCUUCAAGGAGGGCGACAUCAUCACCCUGACCAACCAGAUCGACGAGAACUGGUACGAGGGGAUGAUCCACGGCCACUCCGGCUUCUUCCCGCUCAACUACGUGGAAGUGCUGGUGCCGCUACCUCAGUGAGCCCCCCCCUGCCAUUCCCACCAUUCCCAGCAUUCCCACCAUUCCAGCGACCACCAGGGAACAACCAGAAGGGUCCCGCGGCCCCUUCCCUUCCCCCUCGGGAAUUUGGGGUUUGUUUUUUUUUUUUUUCUGUAGUUUUUGGGGGUUUUUUUUUGUCCUUCUGGUGCUUGAACUUCGGUACUUUGCUCGUUCCCCCCUCACACCCCG